ACUGCAUUAUCACACGCCUUAUUGUAUGGCCAAGAGGUGAUAACAAAGCUGCUUAUUGCUAAAGGUGCAGAUGUUAAUUGCAACAACAAUAAUGGAUUGACUGGGAUGCUUUCCUUAACAGCUCCGGGAGUACAAAAACGUCGUCGAUCUGGAACUCCUGAUGGGGUCAGCUCUGAGGCGGAAGCAGACCCAGAGAAUAAUGCCAGAAAGGGACCUCGUUAUGAGAGUGAUUACGUUCCAAGUUUCCCCUCUGUGGGCUGGAACAGUUGAGCUCGGAACUUUUGGAGCUCCUUAAAUGAGGUGGCCGAAAGAGCACUGAGCAUAUAUCCUUGCAGCGGAUUAUUUAUGCAUAAUAUAUGCAGCAGUCGACCACGUCAGGCGUCCCUUGCCAAGUUCAGCCCUCUGAGCAUUGCACAGCCAGGCCGCUACCGAACUCGAGUAAUCUCCGUGCUGCCUCACGCAGCGAAGUCACCACAAAGGAGUAUGUCGACUCCGGGGGGCAUCCAUGUCCAUGCAGGAGCAGAAGCCGUUCAGCGUCCAACGCCUUUGCGGAUAUCUAAGCUCCAGCUAUGACGGCGGAAAAUAUGAUAUAACACUGGCUGAUAUCGCCGCGUGGCAGAGAGCAUCUCUCGAGCCUCACUCAAUAGUGGGACUUGUUUCACAUCACUCUCCAUAGAUUUGGUGUUAUCAUAAUUAAAUGACCGGACGCUUCUCGCCACAAACCUCAUAGGGGCAUAUUAUUGUCUACGGAUCAAGGACUACAGCCGGAGAAUUGGAAUUCUGGGAUUGUUCGGCUCCGGUGUUCUGCGUUUUGAUUUUGCAAUCAAUUUCCCUUCUGAGUCGAGGAAGCACCAAGGUACUUGUGCAGCGAGGGAUGUUCGACUACCGAAUUCUAGACUAGAUUAAAGGAGUGAUGAAAAGGAUAGAGUAUGAUGAUGUAGC